AACCUCGCCGCCAAAACAUUGCAAAAAAAUCUACCGGGAUUAACCUAGUUACUUGCUGAUUUUUUUUUCUCGGGCCGCACUUCGGGAUCAGCAGACCUAUCUUUUACGGGAUAUAUUAAUCAGGACCUGUAUCGUCACUGACCUCUUUUAUUUGGAGACAAUAACAACCAAGUUGUAUUCAAAAUGGACGACUUGAGCAGCGGUAGUGAUAGCGACUACACGAAAUAUUGGAUAGAUUGGUUUCUGAACACAAAGGGAAAUGAAUAUUUUUGCGAAGUGGACGAAGACUACAUUUUGGAUCGAUUCAACUUGACAGGGUUAAACAGUGAAGUACAACACUAUUCACAAGCAUUGGAUCUAAUAACUGAUAACCUUGUUGAGGAGGAAUUCGACGAGGACAUGAGAGAUCAAGUGGAAAAGUCUGCGCGCCACCUUUACGGAUUAAUCCACGCUCGCUUUGUUAUAACUAGCCGAGGAUUGGCUAAAAUGCUGGACAAGUACAAGAAAGCAGAAUUUGGUCGAUGCCCUCGCGUUCUAUGCCAUAAUCAACCCCUUCUACCUGUUGGACUGAGCGAUGUGCCACACAGCAAAACUGUUAAACUUUAUUGCGCCAAAUGUGAAGAUAUCUACAGCCCAAAAUCCUCCCGACACGCAGCUAUCGACGGUGCUUAUUAUGGCACGUCUUUCCCUCACAUGCUGUUUCAAGUUUAUCCCAAUUUGAUGCCCCAAAAGUCAACAGAACGUUACAUACCACGUAUCUUCGGAUUCAAAGUGCACGAGAUUGCAAAAGUACAUAGAUGGCAGGAUCAGAUGAGGGAACGUUUAGAAGAGCAAACUCGACAGAAUUCGAAAGAUCAUCAAUAGCUCGUUUAUUCACCCAAAGAUAUUUUUUUUUCUACUCUUUCUUUACCGUGCUAUUCUUUUUUUUUUUUCUUCGUAUUAUUUCAGUGAUUUUUUUUUUUCUUUGCUUAAAAAAAGGAAGAGAAACGAACCAUCUGGCUAUCACAAAAUGAUGAGUAAAACUUUUUGCCAGGAACGCCAGGAAAGAGUAAUGUUAUAGCCCGUAAUAAUCGGGGAC